AUGAUAUUCUACGCCUUUCUUUACAGCUGGGCUUAUGUGGCGCUGUUCAUCACGACAUGCGCUCUCGUAUGCAUAACAGUAUACAUGUUGGGGGAAUUCGGAGACCUAGAGAGUGACUACACGAAUCCUGUUGAUUUUUGCAACACAGCUAAUCAGGCGGCCCGUUAUGAGUUUGCAUUAAUAGUGGCAACAGCAAUACUUCUUCUCUGCGCCUUCGAUUGGAUAGGAUUGCUUGUGUUCGUACCCUUCACUGCGGUCAUGCUGAGGGAGUACUACACACGGCGAUACCUCUUUGAUAGCACGCUCCUGUUCAAAGGAAAGAAGCUUGAGCACCACAAGAAUUGGAGUGCCUUCCGUCUGGUCUUAUAUGUCGUCCUUUUCGUCUAUCUAGUGUUCAGGCUUGUCCAAUCGAUCGUAGCGUAUGGUAUCGACUCGAAGUACACUCUGUUCGGUCCUCAUCAUUAA